CUCUCUUCCACUGCUAAAUCCGGGACGGACGACGUGUAACGAUGGCGAGCACAUUCAAGCCGAUGGCAAUGCGCCUCUCUUCGCGGGCUUCGGCACCGGCGCUAGCGUCUGCACGGAUCUCGGCUCGGCGGUCGGUGGCCACUUCCGCCUCUGCUACUUCCCCCCAUGCCGGGACGAGAGGGACAGUGGCUGGCGUCGUUGGCCUCGGUGUCGCCCUGGCGGCCGCGACGGCUUUGCUCAAGGAGCCCUUGCGAGCCGAGUCAGACGGAUCGGCUGCGUCGCGCGAGAGAAGAAAGGCAUAUGCGGACCGCAUGAACAUCUCGAGCGGGCCCAAGACGUUCCAGCCGAAGCAGGAGGAAGAGGAGGAGGAGGCAGCGGCAGCGGAGGAGGAAAGCGACAAGGAGGGAGGCGAGGGCGAGAAGUCAGAAAAGGAGGGAAAGGAGGACAAGAAAGAGGCUGACAAGGCGCCUUCAGCGGUGAGCGAGGCGGCACGGGAAGCCGAAGAGGACCCUCAGCAGGCCGCGUUUAACCCAGAGACAAACGAGAUCAACUGGGACUGCCCCUGUCUCGGCGGUAUGGCCGACGGCCCCUGUGGCGAGGAGUUCAAGGACGCAUUCAGCUGCUUUGUCUUUUCGGAAGCGGAGCCAAAGGGCAUCGACUGCGUCGAGAAGUUCUCGGCCAUGCAGAACUGCUUCCGCAAGCACCCCGACCACUACAAGGAGGAGAUCCAGGACUUUGACGACGACGAGGAGAGCGCCGACGCGCCGGCACAGUCCGGGGAUAAGCAAGCGGCGCAGCAGGAGCAGCCUAAGAAGGGAGCCCAGGACGAGGAUGAGGACGAAGGCGUCCGCGAGUUCAGGCGAGAGCUUGAAAAGGAAAAGUAAAGAUAGUCUCAUGAGAGACCACACCUG